AGGUGAUUCCCACACACACACGCCAGCACACACACACAUUCACACAGAGUCCUGCUAUCUGUCAUUUCCUGGAUCCAGCGUGUCCAAGCUGCUGUGGAAACUUUCUGAAGUUUGGUGUUGGAGGGAGGAAGAGGAGGAGUGGGGGAGCUCCGGGAGUCUUAACACAGCGGUCGCCGCUGCACUCACACACGGAUCAGCUCGGCUCUGAACUCCGGGGAUGUCGGCCGUCAAGGCGCUGCAGCAGUGGUGCAAGCUCCGGUGUGAGGGCUACCGGGAUGUGUCCAUCACCAACAUGACCACGUCUUUCAGAGACGGCUUGGCUUUCUGCGCGCUCAUCCACAAACACAGACCCGAUCUCAUUGACUUUGAUUCACUCAGGAAGGAGGAUGUUUAUGAGAACAACAAAUUGGCCUUCAAGGUUGCGGAGGGGGAGUUGGGAAUUCCAGCACUGCUGGAUGCAGAAGACAUGGUGGCUCUUAAGGUCCCUGACCGCCUCAGUAUCCUGACAUACGUCUCACAGUACUACAACUACUUCCAUGGACGCUCCCCGAUUGGUGGUAUGGGAGGUAUAAAGCGCCCAGCUGAUGCUCCCACAGAGGAACCGUCUGGGAAGAAGAACCAGCCGGUGGUGGCGAAGGUGUUUCCCUCUUCCAUCCCUGCCAGAGAGAACAGCCCUCCCCCCUCCUCCAACAUCUCAAAGCCCUCUCCUUCCCCAAGACAAACCAGAAAUGCUACAAAGGAUGUUGUGGUUGAGAAAUCCCAUCAGACAGGCACCCUGAGUAACAAAUGUGUGUCAUGCAACAAGCACGUUCACCUGGUGCAGCGACAUCUAGUGGACGGGAAGCUCUAUCACAGGAGCUGUGCAAAGUCACUGUCGUCCACAAACACACCUGCACCUUUCAAAGAUUUACCCACAAACACCCCUGUUUCCAAGUUUACACCUCUACCAGACUCCACCAAAACAAACACAACCACUACCACUCACACACCCUCCAGAGCGAGACCAUCAUGGCUGACGGAGAAACCCAGCACCCCUCCCAGCUUCUCCUCCACUUUCUCGACUCCAUCUCCUUCCCAGCCAGCUUCAAGUCUCUCCUCUGCUUCUAAAGACUCUCAGACAUCCGUUGUCUCCAAACCCACAGCUUCACGGACUACUUGUGAAUCUACCUUCACCACAACAACCACUUCUAUCAACACCAGGCCCACUGCUGCUCCCCGUACCUCCACCACGGCUGCGAAGACACAGCAGUCCAAGCUUAAGUUCUUACAGUCAGAUAACACAGCUAAAGAUGAAGAGAAAAAGACGACAACUGUAAAGUUUGACAUAAAUAAAGGGACGAAUGUGACUAGUAAGGUGCAGGAGGCCACAGCAGGGCAGGCCGUCACUGUGGUUGUAAAUGUUGGUGGUCUUGGCCAAAAGGAAGCAAAUAAGAGCUUGAACACAGGUGGGGAGAAAGCUAAAGCAGCAGGUGUAAGUGGAGAUUCGAAGGCUAAAGCAACGGCAGCAGCCUUCAUCUCCAAAAAACUGGCUGAGGAGAACAACAAUAACAACAGCAAGCCAUCGUGGACGAAUGUAGUGUUAAAGAAAACUGACAAACCUUCUCAAGUGGAGACACCAAAGAAGGAGACAGAAGGAGUCAGAGGGAGAGUGAGGCUGAAACCAGACCCGUCAAUCCUCGCCGACUUUCAGAUUCCGACAGACACCCGGACUCCGAGCCCAUCCGGCAAGAGUGGAGUCAGAGCAAGAACUCCAGACAGAGGCAGCCCAAAGCCCGGCAGGGCAUCACCCAACACCUCAGCAUCAGAAAACAACGAGUCUCCUGCAGACUGGCGGUCAAAGCUGAAACCCAUCUCCAAACCGGCUGUUCCGUCACAGCCCUCGCCGAAACCAUGGGCUAAUGGAGCCGGAAAGCCUCAGACUUCAGAACUGUCCGUUGGGCCUUCUCCCUCCUCGCAUCCUUCGACCCCGAGCAUUUCUGUCACUCCACCUGCAUCAAAGGGAUUCCAGAAUGGUCAAAAAGAUCUGACUGCAAAUGGCACCAAGACAGAGGCAAAGAUUUCCAAGACUAAACCAGACUACAUUCCCAAAGACGAAAUCAUAAGGGAACUGAAGGAGAUUGAAGAUAAUUUGAACGAGUGGGAGAGGAGGGGAGUGGAGCUGGAGGUGAGGCUCCGCAGCUCUGAAGAAGAGGGCGUAGAUGACUCUCUCAUGGAUGGGCUCAUGGUCGAGUGGUUCAACUUGAUCAGGAACAAGCAGGUGGCCAUGCGCCGGGAGUCUGAACUGGUCUACAUUGGAAGGACCCAGGACCUGGAGGAAGAGCAGCCCAGUGUUGAGCAGGAGCUCAGACGACUGAUGGACAAACCAGAACAUCUGAAAACAGCCUGGGACCGGAAGAGAGAAGAGCAGCUGAUGGCCAAACUGGUGGAGAUCGUCAAUGACAGAAACGCUAUAGUAGAUGGUCUGGACGAGGACAGACUCAGGGAGGAAGAGGAGGACGAGCAGCUAAACAAGAUGAUGAUGAAUUUCAACAUAAAGAAAGACAAGCCAAAGAAAAAGUCUCCGAUGUCCAAACUGUUUGGCUGGGGGAGCAAGAAGGAGGGAUGAUGCUCCUCGUACACCGCGCCUGCUACAGUCUUUGAUGUUUUAUUUUAUUGCUUUUUUUUUUUUGCUCCUCUUGUUGUAGUCUUAAUGUCAGUGUACUCAGCCUGUGAUUCAUGGGAUAACACUGAUAGUCUGUGUGUGUGCGUGUGAUCCAUCAUUCUAAGCGCUUUUAGAAAAAUGCCCUUCCCUCUGUCAACUGCAUCACUCAAGAUCUGACAUUACUCGUGCCUGCUAGUGCCACACACACACAUGCAAACACACAAACGCACAGACACAGCUGAUGUUGAGGGGUUAAUGACUCACCAGCCGUGAUGUGAUUGGGUUCAGUGCUCCACUUGUUAGUUUUAAUACCCUUCUAGUCUUAAUCUGUCUACUUAAUGCUCUCAAACACACACACACACACACGUUCUCCUUAUAUCUUCUUACAUAUGCGACAUAUUGAGAUGUUGGUUGUAUACAGUACCACUACAGAUGCUAAUACGGGUUAAAGAACAGAGGUCGGACAGAUGCGCCGUGCUCUCUGCUCAUGUUUCAGUUCACACUACAAGAACAACUUCAGGGUCACUUUCUGACUCUGAUGUUGUCAAUUACAUGUGUAAAUUGCAUUUAAUCUUAGAGGCCCUUUGAGAAGAACAAGGUUGUUUUUUUUUUUUAUAAAAUCUUUUCUUGUUAUAAUAGCGUCAUCUAGUCCGGUGGUUUCCAGUUUGAGGUUUAUUUAUUAUGGGAUAAUUUAGCCAAGGUGGGAACAAGUCUUUGUUUUGCAAGUCAAAAGCAAGUCUUUGCACUUAAGUCCUAAUUCAUGUCUAAAGUCCUAAUCUUUGAAUUAAGAGUCUUCAACAAGUCAUCAUGCGCUCUUCACCAAAUGUAAUGCCAUUUUAACAACAGAGUAAGAAUAUAUAAGAUUUACAAAAAUGUUAAGGCUUUUAUAAAGAUUUGUAUUUAUUUUCAUGAAAGUUGUUCCGUCUUCGUCUGUAAUUUUUGACCCACACGUUUUGCACACUGCAAUUCAUUUCGUGUUGACCACUGCAUAGAUUUUGAGUGAGCAAAAUAGCUUUGGUAUCAUUUUCUUCAGCUGACGCUCAGUAACGUAACGAUUGUUCUUCCUGCAGCUCCUCUGCAGCUUGAUUGGACCCUGUCAGAUUGGUUCAAAGUGGAUGUGGAGAAUGAGGUGUUGACUUGUUUGAAAUGAUUAGCAUUAGCUUUAGUUGAUUCAGGAAAUCGGGGGGAAAUAAAUUGAUUUUUGAAACAUUUUUUAAGUAAUAUAAUUUUUAAUCUGUAGGCUUGGGGGAGGGGAUCAAGUAUUUUCAGGUCAAAAGGCUCAAGUCUGAUUUAAAAUAUGAGUCAUUGGUGUUAAUCCAAGUGGAGUUGCAAGUCUUUUUGACUUGGUUGAGUCCAAAGUCAUCAGAUUUGUGACUCGAGUCCACACCUCUCAAAUUUAGAGUCUAAGAUAUAAUCACUCUGCAGCUGAAUGUGUCACAGCCUGUAUGCAGGCAUAAGUUUGUUUUUUGAAACCAUAGUUCUUGAAAAACACUCGUGCACACAGCAUUUCACUCUUGACCUUUGGGAAACAUAUAUCCUGAAGGUUUACUCUCUAAGUUAGAGCUUUCAACUGCAUAUUUAGGUUUGAAAAUCAGCGACUGUGAUUCUUCCUGAAUGAAGCGAAAAGCUCUGAAUCAUCAAUAACUGCACCUCUGAGCUUAUAGUGUCUCCAAAUAAUGCAUUUAUGAGUGAAAGCAGUCACUGGAUGUCAUGUCAUGUUUUACUGUCCUAUCCAAUCAUGUUCUGUUGGACUUGAAUAUGCAGUUUGUGGUUUUAUAUCUGGUCUGCGUCACGUGACUCGAAUAGAUUAAUCACUCAAACUAAAAGUUUGAGUAGACUGGAUGAUUGUGAGUGUUAGGAAUAUAAGAUCUGGUCCAUAUUGGAUCUUUGUAUUUUUUAAAUCUUUCUUUUGCUGAAUUAACUGUUUAGCUUGUCUGCGUCAUAAUCUAUAACUCUAGAGGCACUGAGGCAAACUUUUAAUGUCUGUGUUGUGACCCAAAGUGCUCAAUUUCAACACAAAAUGUAACUCUGUAUAUAUGUUUGUGUUCUUGUCCCUUUUAUUCUCCUCUAGCUUAGCUGUAUAUAUUGUAUAAAGUUGGUACUUAACAGCAGUCUGAUUAUUAAAUGGAGAAACAGGCCUGGAUGUUUUAACAGAUUACUGUAAUAAAUCUACUGAAAUUUUAAUAAAAUGACAACAUCAUGAAUUGA